AGUGAGCACGCUGUACGGCUGUUACGUAAUGUAGUUUCAAAGGUUGUGUACAUUUUUCUGGAUUCCACGUCUGAGGAACACAAUGUGAUAGUAAAUUCAGACAGUUUACCGGUUUACAAGCUUCAGUCGGUGAGAAGAAACUCAAAAGUCUGUCAUCAUGAGUUCUUGACGUCUGUCUGUUCAUUCAUCACUAUGAGCGGUGCUGCGCUGGCUGUCGUGGUCGUAGUCGUUUUCUUCCUGGCCCUCUACCUCCUCCAGCGCUAUGGAGAUUUGUGGAAGCAGCAGCAGAUGGUCCUGUUAGGGACGCUGCUGUCCUGGUACCUCUGCUUCCUCAUCGUCUUCAUCCUGCCACUCGAUGUCAGCACGACCAUCUACAAGCAGUGUGUUCUUGGCAAUGCAAACCACCCUAUUCGUGUAACUCGAGCAAGACGGACCAGUCAGACAGACGAUAACUUCUCUGUUUAUCCAACUGUCAGUACACCAAAGGUUUGUGAGGAGCCAUGGAGUUAUAUCCCAGAUGGCAUCCUACCAGUCUUCUGGAGAGUUGUAUACUGGACUUCCCAGUUUCUUACUUGGCUGCUGUUGCCCUUCAUGCAGUCUUAUGCACGGUCGGGAGCUUUCUCCAGAGUUGGAAAGAUUAAAACAGCUCUCAUUGAAAAUGCCAUCUACUACGGCACCUACCUCCUUAUCUUCAUCUCUCUGCUCAUAUACGUGGCUGCUCACCCACAGUGGCAACUCUCAUGGACAGAGCUCCAGACCAUCGGCAUUACAGCUGCCAACACCUGGGGCCUCUUCCUUCUGGUGCUGUUGCUUGGCUACGGCCUGGUGGAGAUUCCGCGUUCUUAUUGGCUCUCAUCUUCCCUUGGUUACCUGCUGGCCAAGACCUACUUCAAGGCAGCAAAAAUGGCUACUGAGAAGGCAGCGGCUGAGGAGAACCUAGCAGAUGUUAUGGAGGAGGUGGCAGGCGUCCAUGAGUCUGUCAGAUACAACCACUGUCUCAGGAAGUGUGUGGACACCAUUUUGACAAAGUGUCCCACUGAGUACCAGGAAGAGAUGGGAAGAAAUGUGGAAAGCUCUUCUGGUGAACAGAGUGUCCUUCCCACCAAAAGAGGCCUAGUUAAGCUUCAUAAAAAAGUAAUCUCUGCAGUGCAGAGACACAGUCAGACUCAGGUUCAGUGGUCCAUCCUGUUAGACGAGGCCUUUCAUCUAGAGGAUGUAGCUAAAAGCCAGAGCAGCCCAGUCCGACACUUAGUCCACAGCUUCCCCUCGGCACAUCACCACGGCUGGAUCCAUAGGUUCUACUCUCCUACUGUGGAGUGGUACUGGGAGUGUGUGUUCAGGCAGGGUCUCUACAGGCUGCUGGCAGUUCUCCUAUGUCUCCUCUCAGCAGCAGUAGUCUGGUCCGAGUGCACCUUCUUCAGCACGCACCCUGUCCUGUCCCUCUUCGCUGUCUUUGUUCAGAUGGCUGAAAAACAACACAACUACAUUUGUAUCGAGAUGGUGUGCUUCGUCAGUAUCCUCUUCCUGUGUGUCUGUGUCUACUCCACAGUGUUCAGGAUACGAGUUUUCAACUACUAUUACCUGGUGCCACAUCACCAAACUGAUGCUUACAGCCUGCAGUUCAGUGGCAUGUUGUUUUGUCGUCUGACUCCUCCUUUGUGCCUCAACUUUCUGGGCCUGAUUCACAUGGACUCCGCCAUCUCACACCGAGACAGAAUACAGACGUCCUACACCUCUAUCAUGGGCUCUAUGCGUCUGCUGUCUUUCAUUUCUGAUGGGUUCUACAUCUAUUAUCCCAUGCUGAUAUUGUUGCUCUGCUUUGCCACUUUUUACAGCCUGGGCUCUCGCUGUUUGAACAUCCUGGGCUUUCAUCAGUACAUUACUGACGAUGACUUGACCUCUGACCUGGUGGAUGAAGGCAGGGAACUCAUCAGAAGAGAAAGAAGAAAAAGACAGAAAGCUGAGGAUGGAGGAAAUCGAAGAUUGGCAUGGAGGGAGCGGUAUGGAGACCAAGGGGCUACUGGGCGGACCAGAGCUGCUUACACUGAGUUGAAGGAUAGCCAGAGCAGCCCUGUCAUGGAGAUCAAGGAAAGUGUUGUCACAUUCACCAGAAGAGAUGGGGAGAUGGAGGAGCAGCAGAGAGGCUUACUGCAAGACAAUUCCAGUGAUGAAGGUUCACCAAACAGAAGAUCCACAGGAGGAUGUUACCUGUCUCUGUCACCUUCUCAGACAAGUAUCUUUGACAAUCUUUGAUAGACAGAAGACAUGGAGGGAAAGCACAAAGCUAGUACAUGCUCCUGGAAAUAAAAAAAAUGAUGAAAGGAAAUGAAAGGAGGUCUGAAUGCAAAGAAAAAAAUACAUUAUCUCAGGAAAUGGAAGAGGAAGAUCAUGUUUCUGAGAUAUGGACACACAAUCAGGAAAUGGAUGAAAGUGAAAUAAAACACUCAGUGGAGGGUUUUAUACAGUAUCUCAGUUGAUUUCUGUAACUGGAUUAUUCACUGAAAGAGAUCACGGACUGUGAAGGGAUGUUUCUCUACCAAAGCCUUAACCUGUUUGUGCAAAACUUUUUAGAAUGUAUUUUUGAUAUUAUCUUUCAAGCAAUGGUGUUUUACAAGUGUAGAUUGAUGGAUGAAAGAGAUGAAUGGCACAGUUACGCACCUGCAGUUUUUGAAUAAAAUAGCUCACUGUUCUUGAAACAAAAACAAAAUGAAAACUGAUUCAUGUAUUCAAAGGGAAGAUAUCAAUAGCCUAACUUAUUUCAUGAUGGAUAUUUUGUGUUUGGAAUGACAUGGCUUGUUUGUAUGUAAUGUAGUCUACAGCCAGUUAUUUUCUGUAAGGGUGUGCAUGUUUUGUAAUUGCGUGUCUACCAUGAUUAUGCAUUAAAAUAUAAUCAUUUUA